CCCGCGGCCAGAACAGAUUGAGGAGGGCAAACCCGCGCACGGAGAGACACGGUCUGAUUGGAGUGAUUUCAGUUUUUCUGUCUUGUAGUCUAGCCCAGUGGUUGUUCGUUUUUUUAAUCCUCUGAGAAGACAAGAUGCCGCGUUCCUUUCUUGUGAAGAAGAAGAAGGCCCACCCUGUGAACCGAAGGACCGGACAGGACAGAGUGGAAAACUUUUCCGUCCCGUUAUGUGCUGAAGCACCGCCACUCGUGGAGCCGAGCGUUCCGGACAGCCCCGACCAGCCGCCCAAACCGGCAGCGGAGGAUCCCGUCGCCUGUCCUCGGGCAGAGACGCGAGACCGCCCGCCCAUGGCCCAGCCGUGGUCCGGUGAAACCUCUGCCUUCGUCCCGCAGCUCUCACCAACUCGCCCUACAGCUGUGAUGGAGAGCGUCCCCGGCAGUACCCUGGGCUGCGUACGGGACGUGAGCGCAGCCUGGCCGUACAGCUUCCCCAGGCUGUUCGGUGACGGGGACCUGGUCCGCCCGACGCCCUCCCCGUACCUGGACCGGUCCAUCUUCCGGCAGGACUUCCCUCUCUCCGCCGCCCACCACCGCGGCCACACCGCCGCCUUGAACCUCGGCGACGUCAACAGGCAAAGCGCCUUUAAGAGGUACGACCUGUUGAAGCUAGAGACCACCCUAGUCUCCCCACCCCCGGGCGGCUACCCGUCCCCCACCUCCCACUCGGAGUACGUGGACGGGCGGCUGGACGUGUCGGUCGGCGGGCGGGAGGAGGCCGAAGCCCCGGCGGCGGGGGAGAAGCAGAAGCGGCCGACGGUCCUGACGGGGUCGUUCUCAUGCGUGAAGUGUAAGAAGGUGUUCAGCACGCCGCACGGCCUGGAGGUCCACGUCAGGAGGUCUCACUCCGGCAAGAGGCCGUUCGCAUGCGAGGUGUGUGACAAGACGUUCGGGCACGCGGUGAGUCUGGACCAGCACCGGUCCGUCCACACCACAGAGCGCACCUUCCAGUGUAAGCAGUGCGGGAAGUGCUUCAAACGGUCCUCCACCCUGUCCACCCACCUGCUCAUCCACUCAGACACACGGCCCUACCCCUGCCAGUACUGCGGCAAGAGGUUUCAUCAGAAGUCAGACAUGAAGAAACACACCUUCAUACACACAGGUGAGAAGCCCCACAAGUGUCUGGUGUGCGGGAAGGCGUUCAGCCAGUCGUCCAACCUCAUCACCCACACCCGGAAGCACACCGGCUUCAAGCCGUUCGCCUGCGACACGUGCGGCCGCGCCUUCCAGCGCAAGGUGGACCUGCGCAGACACAGGGAGACGCAGCACAACGUCGCGCCGCCGCCCACUGCGCAUGCGCGACACGUCAGCCCCGCGGCGGAGAUCCCCGUGCAUGCGCAGUGAUGGAGGAGUCUAGAAAUCAACGUUGG